CGUCAUGCCUAGGCAGUUGGUUCGCUCCGCUGUGUCUGGGGCUCAGCAAGAAGCGUGAGAGGCUGUUAUUUAGGUCUGUUACAGCAGUCAGGGAGCAGCUCACCCAGGAGAGACGGAGAGGCAGAGUCACGCUCAGCUUAGCCCAGGCCAGGCAGGAACCAGAUCUGCAUUCCAGCUGAGACAGAAAGAAGGGGAAACUCUGCAUCUGCAGGAAAAGCACGUCAGAGAGAGUGACAGCGAGAGAUAAGUCAGUGAAGGGAGGGAAGCUGAUAGCUGUUGCUUUGCUGUGUUGUUAUCACUGCCUCGGUGAGUGACGUGAGCAGUGGCACCACGACAGCACACAGGCAUUGAGCAUUUGUACUGAUUUAUGCUGAGGGUGGGAGGGGGUACCAUGUUCGACUGUAUGGAAGCUCUGGGAAUUGGUCCCCGUCAGCUCUAUGAUGUCACCAGCCGUGGUGCAUGCAUGCUGCGGAAGGCGAGCCCCUUCUUUCCCGGGUUGGACCCCUUCGCGUGGACGGGCAGUGCCAGUGUUCAGUCGGUGGAGACCCAGAGCACCAGCUCAGAGGAGAUGGUACCCAGUUCUCCAUCUCCCCCUCCUCCACCUCGUGUCUACAAGCCCUGCUUUGUGUGCCAGGACAAGUCCUCAGGGUAUCACUAUGGGGUCAGCUCCUGUGAGGGCUGCAAGGGCUUCUUCCGUCGCAGUAUCCAGAAGAACAUGGUAUACACCUGCCAUCGAGACAAGAACUGCCAGAUUAACAAGGUCACACGCAACCGCUGCCAGUACUGCAGGCUGCAGAAGUGCUUUGAGGUCGGCAUGUCCAAAGAAGCGGUGCGUAAUGACAGAAACAAGAAGAAGAAGGAUGUGAAGGAGGAGGUGGUGCUUCCUGAGAGCUAUGAGCUAAGUGGAGAGCUUGAAGAGUUGGUUAAUAAAGUGAGCAAAGCUCAUCAGGAAACCUUUCCGUCACUUUGCCAACUGGGAAAAUACACCACCAACUCCAGCUCAGACCACCGUGUUCAGCUGGAUCUGGGACUUUGGGACAAGUUCAGCGAGCUCUCCACCAAAUGCAUCAUUAAGAUUGUGGAAUUUGCCAAGCGGCUGCCAGGUUUCACCAGCCUGACCAUCGCUGACCAGAUCACUCUGCUGAAGUCAGCCUGCCUGGACAUCCUGAUGCUGAGAAUCUGCACACGCUACACUCCAGAACAGGACACUAUGACUUUCUCAGACGGCCUGACUUUGAAUCGAACUCAGAUGCACAACGCUGGCUUUGGACCUCUAACAGACCUGGUCUUUGCCUUUGCUGGUCAACUUCUGCCUCUGGAGAUGGAUGACACAGAAACUGGUCUCCUCAGUGCCAUCUGCCUCAUCUGUGGAGAUCGCAGUGAUCUAGAGGAGCCUGAGAAAGUGGAUAAGCUGCAAGAGCCUCUACUUGAGGCUCUUAAGAUCUACGCUCGUCGCAGACGCCCCAACAAACCCCACAUGUUCCCCCGCAUGCUGAUGAAGAUCACUGACUUGAGGGGGAUCAGCACAAAGGGUGCAGAGAGAGCCAUCACCCUAAAGAUGGAGAUCCCAGGCCCAAUGCCUCCUCUGAUCAGGGAGAUGCUCGAGAACCCAGAGGCCUUUGAAGACCAAACGGAGUGUAGCAAAAGCGAGCCAUCCCCACCACCACCACCACCACCACCAGCACUUGUUGUGAAGCAAGAAGCUGAGGAUGAGGAGGACAGCUGGGUCACAGAAAAUGGCAGCGAGCCGUCGCCAGAAGAGGAGGACGAAGACGAUGAUGACGAUGUGGGAGACGAGGACCGAGACAGGGGCUCGGACAGUGAUGGGGAGUCCUGGGUGGUUUCGGAUAACGUAGAUGGGUCGAGGAAAGGCCUUGUUGGGAGGGCGCAGUGAAGAGAACAUUUUGUGCACAGACACAUCCAUACAAGUUCUAGAUGCACGCACAUACACAUACAAACCCAUGUACACACAGCACAACCUCAUUCACUCUUCCAUGUCCAAAAAAAAAAAAAAUGCUACCCCCCACACCCCUCUGCCCCCCACUCUGCUCUGCUCUCCAUGCUGCACAUCACUGUGUCUUCUUCAGCGGAGCACAACAGGAGCCUUAAGUGUACAGACACCUUCUAACUCAGGCCACAUGGUCCAUGACUUGUAAACUGCAAAAAGAAAAACCAUAUGAACUCCUGGCAAAGCCACGAGGGAAGUAAACAUGAGAAGAAAAAAAAAAGUAAAAAAAAAAAGAACAGAACCUCUUUGAAAAAGCUGAAUAUUUCUCUUUUUUUCUUUAUAGUAUCUGAAUAGUGAAACAGCCAAACCAGACUCCAGAACUGAGCAGUCGAUCGCAAUGGAUUGCAACAAGCACAUUACAACAAAAGUACAGGGCAAAACCAAAUUGUGUAUGCUAAUCUUUAGUUUUAGUUGUUAUUGCUAUUUUGAAUUAUUGUUUCUUUUUAGCGUUUUUUUCCCCCUCAAGUUACUGAAUAAGUCCAUACAUAUCUGUGUAAUGUAAUAAUUUGUCUUUUAUGUGUUUAUUCUGGUUUUAUAUAUGAAUUCUUUUGGCAAGUUUUUCCUUUAAGGAGAUUUCCUGAGAAGAUAUUCAGAACGAAAAAAGGGUCUUCCUUAUUAGUAGCUACAGGUUUUCAGCUUCUCUGAGUACUUUUGCUCACUUUGAUAAUCAACCCAGAGAGCUUCUACAAACUUUCAUGUUACAUUGACUUAAAUGGUUUCUGUUAUCAGGGAGUUGGCAUUUUUUUUUUCCAUUUUGCUGCCAUUUUAGUCAACGUGUGCUGUUAAUGCAGGAUGUAUGUUUGUGCCAAAGUUAGGGGGGAAAGUUGUCGUCCAGCUACAAUCAGCCAAUACUAUCUCUACAUGUACAGUAAGCUUACAAAGAAUACACACACACACUCCUUACACUUCCUCUUCAGAAGUAGAUGUGCCAGGACAAAGGUUUGGACUUACUUGUAGCACUUUUGUGAUCCUUUGUCCAACUUAGGCACACUUCAUAUUUCAUGAGUAAAGCCACCAUCGCUGAGCAUGUCAGAGCUGAUGAAAGCAUCAGCAUUAAUACAAUCAACUUUAUAGCGCUCCCCAAGGAUGCUGGCUGAAUGCUCAUGUCAGCGUAGACACAUCCACACACGGGCGCAUCGACGCAAGGAUUAAAGGCAUAUGCAAGCCGUGACAGGACGUUUUAUUUUUGUUUUUGAAAGACAUUUUGAAUCAGACUCAGGGCUUUCAGUGAGGACCAAACACUAGCUGCUUUUUUCUUGAGGCAUGCUAGAAUCAGGCAAUAUUUAUGUGUUUUCUUAACUACGUGUGGAUUCUCAAAUCUCUGUGUGUACCUAGAAGGCUUGGAUGUCAGUCUGACUCUCUUUAGGGGGACGGCGCGUCGUCAUCUUUAUCAUUACCUGCCUCCUGACUGCGAUUGUGCUGGAAUCCAUGCAACAAACUGCCUUCUCAUCCCAAAAGCCAUUAUCUUAUCUUUGUUAUCCUAUGUAUGUUUGAUACUUUUUGAGGAAAACAAAAAGCAGAGGAAUGUGUGUUCUCACUUCUCAAUUGCCAAAAUGUCACAGUGGGCGAACAGCUGGGAAAACAUGGCUGAUCUGCAGUACAGAGGUGUUCUUUUUCCUCUUUCUGUUUGAAGCAAUAUUCUCUCCGUAGCAGUGAGACUUGUCUUCUGAAUGUGGGUAGGUUUUCUCAUGUGUGCGUGUGUGUGUGAGCGUACGAGCGCAUGAAUGCUUGAACAUGAUUUCAGUCAUGGAGUGGACGUCUGCAGCAUGGUGCUGUCACACAAACUCUUGUGUGGCGAUCUCAUCCAUUUGUGAUGGUAAUGCUGGCAAAACAUUGAGAUUAUGUUGUCUUAUGUAUUAUUUUUUUUCAAACAUGGCCUUUGUGUUGCCAAUCCUCUGUUUAUGUCAAUUGUUGUCAUACAAAGAAAAGCCAUAUAAACAGUAAGAGGCACAAUAAACUACUUUUGUGACA